AUGGGCAAAUUUCUAGAAGCACACUGCCUACCUGAACUAAUACAAACAGAUGUAGAAAAUCUAAAUAAAUCCAUAACAAAAGAAGAGAUUGAAAAGUCGACACAUGCCUUUUCUGAAGGCUACCCCUUCAAUGAUUGCUCUUUUUCUAAUUUGGCAGGCAAUAAUCCCAAAAUCCAAAAUUCCAACCUGCCUAGAGAGUGUAUCAGGCAUUUCUUCCCAAAAUGGAAGUGCUUUGUCUUUAACUGGCCUACAAGUGACAAACUCUUAGUCCAUAUUGAAGAACUGUCAGAAGAGCAACUGGAUUAUAAUUUCCAGGUGCGAGCAAAGAACUCCUCUUCUUAUAUCUUCACCCACACAAAGACCAAGACCCUGAUACAGGGAAUCAUUGUCACUGGGAACUGGCUGAGGACACUGAUAGGGACCUAUGUGGGUGCCAUCAACAGUGGGAUGGUGUCUUGCUUGGGGAGCGCGAUAACAACACUGCCACAGCAUGAGAACUUGGCAGCCGUGCAGAAGGCAGCUGACCCCUACAGCAAGCAGAUGGCCCAGUGCGUGAGGCUCCCCACAGCCUUGCUCCAGGAGCUGCUGGAUGUGCAUGUGGCCUGUGAGAGGGAAGCCACUACACUCUUCAUGGAGCAUUCCUUCAAGAAUGAAAAUCAGGAGUUCUAG